UCGGAAAUUUCACCGAAAUCCGUUUUCAUUGAAUUCCACAUCGAGAUUUGUCUAAUUUCAGAUGGAGGAAGAAUUGAAUCAUUAAUAGACACGGAUGAUUUACGUUGCUCGGAUUUCGAUGAAUCCUGUCAAUGGUAUAAUAUUGAAAAUUCGGAAUUAUCUUGGUUACGAGGAAGAAUUCAUUUGGAUAGUCAACACAUGAAAAUAGCAGCUGGAACGGAAAUUGUACCCAAAGGAUUGUACGCUGUGGUUGUGACAGAUCGUCAAAUGUUUCCAAAUGCUAAAGCAGUUUUGGCUAGUAAAGUAAUUGAAUGUCAACAGGGUAUUGGGCAGCUACGUCUUAAUUACUGGGUUAGCACUGGUGUACGAAUUUCUGUUUGUGCUAAACGUACUGGUAAACGUUAUCCAGACUUCGAUAUUUGCACUGAUCUGGAUCCAGGUAAUAUUCCUGGUCCUGCAUAUGUGAACAUUCAAGACUUUGAACAUCAACCGUUUCAAAUUUUUAUCCGUGCAAACAAUUUCAUUUAUGAUUCGGCAUCUCUAAAAGGCGGUUUUGCAAUUGUUGAUAAUAUCGAAUAUUAUGCUGACCUUUGCACAAACUCACUUGAUAAAGUACCACAGGAAGUUUUCAUUUUCCAAUUUAUUUUUUUGAUUUUCUUUCCAGAGGUUUCGUUUUUGUAUAUCAUUGGUCCAAUCGCAACGUCAAGAUUGUUGAUUCCUUCAUUUACUUCAGCUUUCAAUUUCCAUUUAAUCCUAACUUAUAAUGUACAUCCAAAGUCUUCUAAAUUACGUGCGUAUGCAAAACUAUUAAAUGAAGCACAUGAACGAAAAAUUUUUCAGGUAAAAUAUAAAUCAUAA